AUGUCAAAAAAUAUCAUAAUUGAGGAUGAUAAUCCGAAAAUAGAAGUUAGACAUUUAGAGGCCAAGCAGAAAAGCGAGGAAGAAGUAACUAAUCAAUUAUUUUACAUAACUUCAGAGCUUUCUGCUGCCAGUAAAUUUCUCCAAAAUCAUUUUAAUAAAGAAGCUGAUCAGUACGAUAAAGGUUUGGAUAGGAUGAAAUUUCAUCAUCUCUUUGACGAAAUAUGCCAAAAAUAUAAUUUUGCAGGGACCAUUCUUGACAUUGGUUGUGGCACUGGAUUAAGUGGCAAAACUAUUUUAAAGUAUAAUAAUGUUAGCCGGUUUACUGGUAUAGAUUUUGCAGAAGAAAUGGCCAAAAAAGCAAUCCAAGGUGGUUAUGCAGAUGUAUAUGUAGGAUUAAUGGAAGAAAUAAUUCCUUAUUUAUCAAGUAAAAACAAGAAAUUUGAUCACAUUAUUAGUUUGGGUGCUAUUUAUCACUUAUCUAAUGAUAUUUUUACAAAUUUCUUACCUUCUCUGUUUGAGAUUGCCGAAAAAUCGGUUACUUUGCAAAUAGACGAAAUUACUGAUGAAUUUCUGGCUAAUAUAGAAAAAAUACAAAAUUUCCGAGCCCCAUUUUUUAAUAACACGCCGAUUAUUGAAAGAUUUCAUUUACCGAAGAAUUGGAAAAUUGUUCAUAAAGAAAAACAUUAUUUGUGGACAUCGCCAACUACUAAAGACGAGAUUUAUGGAAUUUUCAUAAGAUAUGAAAAAAUUGUUUCUGAGGAAAUUAACUAA